AUGACCAUCGCGGUCCUGGCGGCCCCAACGACCAAAACAAAGCGCCGCGAACCGCUGGGGACGAUUGGAAUGGCGGCCUUUCAAGCGCAAUCGCGUCCCGGGCCCGCGUCUAGCGAAGCCGGAAGAAGUGGAGGGCAACGGAAAAGCAAGCGACUGAGCGCAACCAACCACGGAUUCGAGGAGAUUAUGGACCAUGAAGGGAAGCGGAAAGCAGGAUCCCUUCCUACGGCGACAGGUUACGAUGAAGAUGCAGAUGGAUUUCAGUUCUCGCGGCUGCCUUCGAAGAAAUCGAAGCCUUCGGUGGAACCUGUUCCUGAACUCGCCCAUUCAGAUGUGGAAAAUGCGCCUCCAAAACCCUCGCCGCGGAGGGGGCGACCACCGAAGAAGCGAGUGGGGGAGGAUAUUAAAGGAAACGGGGUGCCAGCAAAGGGGAACGCCGCCGAGCUUCCGACGAGGAGGCCGACCAGGGGAGCCGCGAAAACAACAGAUGCCGAGCCAGAACCACAGCUCGAGUCUGUGGCGCGCUCGCCACGGAAUGGUGAUGGUCUCGAAGAUCAGCCCUUGGAGAGGAAGAAGAAGAGGGGGCGGCCGGCGCGACCUAAGACGAACGAAACGAACGGAUUUCAGUCGCCAGACCAACCACCCGCCGGCAUAAAGGUGGCUCUACCAAUGGCGGACACACCAGUCAUCCAGCGCAACAAAGACGACUUGAUUGACUCGGGGACCUCGAAUGCGUUACCCCACCGAGAAGUGAGCACGUCGGACUUUUAUAAACACAUUGCCGAUGAAGGGCUUCCUGAGCCGCGUCGGAUGCGGCAGCUUCUUAUCUGGUGUGCGACGCGUGCAUUGGGUGACAAACCGUCGGGUUCUCACUCGGAGGAUCAGAGUGCGCGCCUAGCAGCUCGUGUCAUUCAAGAUGAACUUUUGAAAGAUUUCUCUUCCAACUCAGAUCUAUCCAACUGGUUCAGUCGCGAGGAGGUGGGCCCGCCAACGGUGAUCGUGAAGAAACCGAAUCCACGGAAUAUUCAGAACACAGACAAGAUCAAGGAGUUGGAGGCUCACAUACAAAAACUUCAAAGAGAGAGGCAUGCUCUGAAUGCACUCCUCAAACAACCCGCAAUCACACGCAUCGACGCAGGGCCGCCAAAGAAAUCCCCUAAGAAAUCCCCCAGGUCCAAACGACAACCCGAAAAAUCGCCCUGCGAUGAAAUCGACCCCUCCCUCCUCGAUCCCUCACAACAAGCCAUCUACGCCUUCCUCAAUCCGUUCCCAUCAGCAUCUCCGUCAACGCCAAAAAACACUGCUCCCUCAACCCAACCACCCAUGACACCCUCUACUGUUUCAACCCGGCUCUCCAGAAUCACAACCGGCCUCGCACCAACACUCGACGCCUUCGCCGCCGGAAUCCAUGAUAUCGAACUAUACCGAUCAUCAGCAGACGCCGUCUCUUCCCGAAUAUUGCGCAUCUGCGCACAGCGCCUAGAAGAGCGCGAUGCAGAGAACACGCAGCACUGGCUCGCCCUGGAAGGCGAAGACGGCGAGCUGCGACCGCCGAGGGCAUCGAGUUCGCGGGCCUCCCGCGAGGAUCUGGGCCUCAUACUGGGGGCCCUCAGCCGAGUCGAGAGGCGGUAA